AUGCAUGAUUUUCGUUCACUGGUAAAUGAUUGUCAGUUCAAGGAUCUGGCUUAUCAUGGCCCGUUAUUUACAUGGAACAAUAAACAGGAUGGUAACUUGAUUUCGAAAAAAUUGGAUAGAGUUUUGGUCAAUGACAACUGGUCUUCCUCUUUUCUUCAAUCAUACAGUGUGUUCGAAGCUGGAGGAAUAUCUGAUCAUUUACGUUGUAGAGUUCAUUUAAGUGGGGUUGCUGGUACUAGUAUCUCCCGAAGACCUUUCAAGUUUGUAAAUGGAAUUUCUGAAAUGGAGGAGUUUAAGCCUCUUGUCAAAGAGUUCUGGGAGGACACGGAAGGGAUCUAUUUGUCAACUUCAUCGCUUUACCGGUUUUCAAAGAAACUCAAGCUUUUAAGACCGUGUAUCCGAUGUUUGGCAAGGAAGAAGCUGAGCAACUUGUCAAAACAGACUAAAGAUGCGUUGGAGGAGUUGUGUCGGAAGCAGGAGACCAACCUAGCUUCCCCUUCUGUCUCUGCUAUGGAAGAGGAGAAAGAGGCUUAUGCACGAUGGGACCAUGUCUCUGUUCUUGAGGAGAAGUUUUUGAAACAGCGGUCAAAAUUGCACUGGCUCCAAGUGGGAGAUCGAAACAAUAAGGCUUUCCAUCGUGCCGUGACUACUUGA